AUGCAAGCAGUGCUGCUGGGGGAGGAGUCGAGCCCAGGCCCAGCGCCCAAUCCGGGGUCCCCGCGGGGCGGCGCCCCCUCCCCAGGACUUCCAAAGGGAGGCAGACGAAGAGAGCCUCCGGCAGCAGCGCCGAGCAGGCUUAAGCCGCCCGGAAGGCGAGGGGUGGAAGCGAGCGAGAAGACGCCGCUCCCGCUGCAGCGCCGCGCCUGCACGCUACAGGGACCGUCUUCUUUGCGCAGGCGCGGGCGCACCCCUGCCUGGCUGGUCUGGGCAUGCGCAGAAGGGCAAGGGACGCUCGCCUCCUCCCCGACGACGCCAGGACUUGGUUUCCCCCUGCCGGGCAUCUCCAAAAGUAUUUGGCUCCGGUCUCCAUCGCCCCCGGCGGACGUAGCCGGGAGCCAUGGGAACAGUCGGCCCGCGGCCUCUGCGGGACGCCAGGUUCGGCCUUCUGAGGCGAGGCAGAGGCAGCGGCAGCUGACGAAGCAGAGCCACAUCUGCGCAGGCGCGGCCGCUCGCGCGUCCAUCCGGGACUUUCGCUCCCGGUUGCCGGGGCGGGUUGCCAUGGUAUCCGGCCGGAAGUUCGGAGGCGGGGCCGGCGCGGGGCGAUGGUGGCGGGGCGCUUCGCCUGUGCCCCCUCGUCGCCUUGCUGGCAUGUCGCAGGGCCCCAGCGAGGCCGCCGCGGAGCGGGAGCCGGCAGAAGAUAGUUUUUCUGCUCUAAGCUAUGAAUCAGAUACAGAAACAAGACUGAAGAAGAAAAUGUCUCGCAGGCCUGCAAAGUCACCAAGGUCUCCAUAUACCUCUAGCACAUGCCUCCAUUCUAAAAGGACUGGGUUUUUGAGGUCUUUUAAAGGUGCAGAGAUUCCUUUGGUGAAAGCUUCAAGGCAACAUUGGCGUGGAUCUCUGAAGCAAGGUACCUGGGUGAGCCAGUCCAAGUCCGAGACUGGCAUCGGUCCCGCCUUGUCCCCUCUUCCUGGCAGUACGCCUGAAUAUCUCAAGGAAGCUUUGGGCAUGAAGAAGCCAAAACACGCUCGCUCUGCCAGCCAUGGCUACAUUCCUGGAACUCCAGACUACAAAGAAAAGGAGGAUAUGUACGAUGAGAUAAUUGAACUAAAGAAGACAAUCCAGGCCCAGAAAUGUGAAGCCGAUCGGAUGAAAACCAAGCUUCGACGGUUGGAAGAGGAAAAUAACCGGAAGGACAAACAAAUUGAACAGCUCUCGGACCCCUUCAGGGGUUCUGAAUUUAGCUGGAUAAGGACAGAGCAGAAGAAUGAGAGCAGCUCGGUGAUAAAUGGUUUGAAGCAGAAGAUUCUCAGACUAGAGCAGCAAUGCAAGGAGAAAGACAACACUAUUAACCAGCUCCAGACAGAUGUGAAGAACACUGAUACAGAAGAAAUGACCAUUGCCCUGCAAACUUGCUACGAGGAGAUCCGGUGCCUCCAGAACCUCCUGACAAAAUCAAAAGCCGUGCAACGAAAAUCUUCAGAGAGCCAGCAGCAGAAGGUGCUCAGCGCUGCCGUCUUCCAGUUAUCCAAAAGGAUGAAGGAGCUGCAGGAUCAGAACAGGAAGCUGAAAGCAGAUCUGGACCACACCUUGAGCCGCUUCCUCGCUUGCAGCCAAGCCAAAAAUUCCACUGACGGCAGGAGGCGGAAGCUGGUCCAACAGAUUUCAGAGGGGGGUAAAAAAAUGGAUGACAGGCUGUGGCCUUCAGAGGCCAGCACAGCACUGUUGCUCCCUCCCACAGCUGCUGAAGAAGUGGAUCGCUCAGUUGCUAAGGAAUCUGAUCUCCCAGAAGUGUGUGAGCCUCUCUGCAAAAUUGUAGAGAGGCUCAGAGACCAAAUGCUGAUCCUUCAGAAUCAGCUGGCAGUUAAAGAGGAGGAAAUCCAGCAGCUGAGAGAGAAUUUGAGACAAGUGGGAAAAAACCAAGAAGCCCAUCGUAGACAGGCUAGAAUUGAUGUGACACAACCUCCAGAUCAGACUCCAGAUUCGUCUUCUGAGCUGUGUCCUUUGCGUAGAGUUGUUGGUUGCAAAGCUGGGGAGGAGGAGGAAGAGGAGGAGGAGGAGGAAGCCGUGAGACUCAUCCAGUCUGCAUUCAGGGCUCACAUCACACGUGCACAACUUGAGAAACGGCCUCUCCUCUCCAGCCCUGGGAGAGAGAAAGCCAGCCUAGCUGCUUCCAGGGAAGAGAAGGCUAGCUGGUCGAUCUUCAGAUGUUCACCUCUGGUCUUCACUUCCGAUUCUGCCACCGCCUCCCACAAUCAGCGGCAAGCUUCCCCCUCCGAGCUGGCCGACCAGGCUGAGUCAGACGACUCGGAUGAGAUCAUCACAGCGCCUUUGUUUCCAUGAAGAGAACCUCAUCUUCUGAAUUCAGCAGUUAUACGUGACAUCCUCUUGCGUGCUCCUGGUUAGAGAACCAAAGACAUUUUGGUUUGGCAACCAAAAAAAAAAAGAGAAAGGAGAAUGUAAGGUAGCUGGGUCUACUAGGUGGUUUUGAAGAAGGUCAUGUGGGCAACUGUCCGAUUCCCCAGCAUUGUAACAUUAUCAGAAGCAAGAUCACCAAAACCAGCAGUUGAGUUACAUUCUCCUUUUUUAGUCUGUGUUGGGUUGGGCCACCCUUUGCAGCUGCGUGCAUCUCCAUGCAGUUCUUUAGACAUCAACUUCCAUCGUUUCCCCACAGCCUGGUCCCACUUAGAGAAGGUUGGGUUUGAUAAAGACUCAGGUCUGCUGCUUCUGCUCCCAUUCUGGGGUCAGAGUUGUGUGCUGAAAGAGCCAGUAGUACGUAACUACUUUUGCUGAAAGCACAGGCAGCCUAGCAAGAUUUUUACGAUCCACGUGCCUUUGGAAACAAAAGCAAUCAGAGGCCAAAUGUCCAGCAAGAUGGGGAUGAUUUCCUGUAAGCAAUAAAAGAUAAAGAAGUUAA